AUGAAAUCAAUUAUUUCAUCAAAAACGAUCACACCUGAUUUUUCUGAUAUGGAAAGAAAUAAUAUAUAUGCUGAAACACCACCAAAAAUCAAAUCAACAACACUUAAAAAUGAAACAAAUCAUUAUACGACAAUACGUCAACCACGACGACCACCUGUACCUGUUCGUACUGAUUCAAUACGCAGUAUUGGUAGUACAACAACUUCAUCAUUUUCAUCACAAUCAACAACACCAUCAAAUUCAUUUCGUCAUGAUUCAACAACAAUUAUGAGUCGAUCAGCUGAUGCAACAUCAUCAUGUGAAUUAAUAACACCAAUAAAAAAUGAAAUAAAUCAUAUGAAAUCAAAAUCAACUCAUGACAUUGAAACAUCAAUUUUAAAUAAUCAUAAUAAAUGUUUAAAUAUGAUUGCAAAUGGAAAUUUCGUGCCAUUACAAUCAGUUAAAGAAGAUGAAUGUCUUGAAAUAGAUGAUAAUAAUAAUGAAAAAUAUUCCAAGAAUGAUACUGGACAGCAACAUAUGCUUAGUGAUAUACUGAAAAAAAAAUUUUCAUCCGCAACAGCUUCGACACCAAUAAUGUCAAGAAAUAAUUUGUUACAUCAACGUUCAUCAUCAACUGAUCCAACUGAGGAUGAAUCGUCAGCAGGAUAUAUCAAUGGUUUCAAUCGUAACCAUCGUAUUCGUUCAAGUCUUCCAUUUAUAGUUAAACCUGCCGUAAAUAAAUCAAAAUCAAAUUCACUUGGUCUUUGUUUUUUAAUUUGUGGUAAUGAAACAAAAAAAAUUCUUUUACCAGCUUAUAUUUCAUGUUUGGAUACACUUAAAGCAUUAUUUGUUCGAGCAUUUCCACAACAUUUGACAAUGAAACAAAUGGAUAGUGAUGAUAUUCGUAUUUAUAUACGUGAAUCAGACAAAGAUAUUUUUUAUCAAUUAGAAGAUAUGAGUGAUGUUAAAGAUCGUUCUAUACUAAAAAUUGUUCAAUUAAAUAAUAAUAAUAAUAAUAAACCACAUGUUUCUUUUAAAGAACCUGAAAUUGAUGAAUUGUCAGGUCCAAUUGUUAAAAAUGAAAUGAAUUAUCAGCGUUUAAAUCGUUUUGGUCUUACGUCAUCUAUUAAUGGUUCUAUGGAAAAUAAAUCGAAUGAUAAUUCAUCGUGUUCUCUUAAUGAUUCAACAAAUGGAUCUAUUGGUCACACUCAACCAGCAUCUAUACUAAAAGGUAUAUUAUCAUCACCAAGAAGUACUCCAACAACACCUCGAAAUGAUGAGGAAGCUGCUCGUACUAAAAUUGCAUUAAUGGAAAAACAACUUGAAUCAUUAACUGAACUGGUUAAAGAAUUAACAAGCUCAACAAAACCAAAAACUUUAUUAGACUUUUAUAAUAAAUCUUUACAUCAACAAUUACAUGAAUUAAAACUUAAAACUCAUACAUUACGUAAUGAUUUAUUUUCAAUACGACGUAUGCAACAAUCAAUACAAGAAAAUUUUAAAAAUGAACUUGAACAAGCAAGCAAAAAAAUUCAAGAACAAUUCGUACGAUUAAAUCGAAAUGAAAAAAUUCAUCAAAUUGAAAAUGCAUUUGAUUCCUAUGUUAAUAAUCGUACUAAAAUUGAUCAAGAUCUUGAAGAUUUAGAAUUAACCGUUGAACAAUUUCAAAAUGAUGUCAAAUUUAAACAAUGUUAUGCAACAAUAAAUGAUGUCGAAAGUUUUGCAUUAGUACUUAGUACAAUAAGUCGUGCAUUAGUUGAUUUAAAAACUACUUUUCCUCUAUUACGUGAAAAACUUUCUUCGUUUAAUCAACAAUUAAUAACAAAAUUUUUACAUGACGAACCAGAACGUCUUGAUUAUACAAUAAAAAAAUGUAAACGUUUAACAACAAUGCUUUAUCAACUGAAACAAUUAGCAAGUAGUCAAGAACAUAAAUCAUCAAGAAAAUUUUCAUUGAAUAUAAAUGAAAAAUUAGUUGAUCGAAAACGUUUAUUAGAAGAAAUUCAAUCGGUUACAUUAAAUUCUGAAGGAAGAAUUAAAGCUAUUGAAAAAGCAGAAAAAUUACGAGAACGUCGUUUACAUUAUGAAAAUCAAUUAGAAAAUCUUAAACAAAUGAAAUCCACUUGUGAUCAAAUUAAUGGAUAUUUCGAUAAUAGAAGUUUAGCAAAUUCUUUAAGUACUCGAACAAGUAUAUGUUCAACUGAUUCAAAUAAUUGUUCAUCUGCUUCAUCAUCAUAUGUUCUUCGUCAAACAUUAAGAACUUCACCAAUAAUAAAUGAUUCUAAGACUCAUUUACAAUCUUCUAUAAAACCUACAUCAAAAGUAACAUUUUCUCAACAAUUAAUAACUAAUGAUAAAUCUUCAUCAAUAAAUAAAAAGCCUAAACCAAAUCCUCCACCACGUAUUCAAAAUACACCAUCAUCAUCAGUUAUAUCAAAUGCAUCAUCAAGUUCAUCAUCAUCAUCAUCAUCGACAAAUGGAAAUUCACGUUUUUGUGGUAUUAUACCAUUAUUGUCAGUAGAUCGUCGUCUUAAUGGACGAUGUUAUUCAUUUUCAUCAUCAAGUACCGAUACAGAUUCAAAUACAUCAAAUUCUCAUAAACCAACAAAACUCAUUAAUAUAAAACCUCAUCAAACAACAUUAAUGCGUGCUUCUAUUCCUGAUCCUGUUCGUUUUUCUCAAUUAGAAAAACAAACUACUGAUUUGUCUAAUGAACCAUCACAUCCUCAAUUAGAUCAGACGCCCAUACAGUCGUUGCAACCAAGAAAUCUAUCUCCAAUUAUUGAUAAUCAAAUAAAACAAGAACAGUCUCCACAAGAAAAGCAAUUAAUUAUCCGAAAUCCUUCAUAUUCUUUUCGGCCUCAUUUUCAAAUGUAUAAUCAAACAAUGUAUAAUGAUGCUCAUGUAAUAGCUCGUUCUGUACUUAAUUUCGAUAAUCAUCAACAAUUCAAUAAUUAUCAAUUAUCACCAUUUCGACCUAAUCAUACGAUAAUUGAACAUAAUGGAAAACAAUUUCUGACAGAAUUAAGAGCACGUAUGGAACGACGUUAUGUAGAAGUUUUUGAUCAAUAUGAAGGUCGAAUGAGACUAUUUGAAGUGACAGAUUAUAUACCAACUAGAAUAAUACGAGAAAUAAGGAGUACACCUGCAUCUCAAUCACAAAGAAGAGCUCCUACCAAUCGUUUACUUCCAAAUUUUCCUUCAAGUCAAAAUUCUAGACGUCUAACUAUGCCAAGUGAUCGAACACAAGCAACACAACGAUCGAAUCUUGUUGAUUUCAUGGAUUUAAAUAACCGUGAAACUCACGCACGUGAAUUUGAUUUAUACCAAAGUGGUGCUAAAUUGCCGAUCAAUAAUAAUAAUAAUGCACCCCCUCCAAUUUCUUCUCAACGACAUGCAACCCGUCCUAAUUCAAGCGGUUCAAGUUCUUCUCAUUCAGAAUAUUCUCAGCCUGAUGUAUCGAGUUCAUUUCCAGCAUCUUCACAAAACGUAUCUAAUCAACAUCCAUCUAGAUCAUAUCGUUCACAAGUACCAUCAUUCCGUUCACAUAGUUCAAGUUCUACUAGUCAUAGUACAAACUCAUCUGAGACGAAUUCUACUACUCCAGAUGAUCAUUCAGACAGUGAAUCCAUUGAUCGAACAUUAUCAUCAUAUAAUAGAAAUGUUCAAGGUAAUCGAAAUAAUGCAAAAGCUUCUUAUGAAACAUCUAGUGGAUAUAAUUCACCAACACAAUUUGAUCCAUUUGCAAAAACAGUUAGUACAGGUGAUCAUCAUUAUGCUAGACGACCUGGUGUUAACAAUUAUUCACAACCGACGAUAAAUAAUCGAAGACUUCAAAAUAGUGCUGUGUCUGAUUAUGCACCUAUUCCAGCGACUCAUUACCAACCGAAUCGAAGUCAAUAUUCUCAUAGUGGAGAUUCGAAUGCUUAUGAUGGUUAA